CCUGGCUGCUGUCCCGGUGCCGGCGCCCGGCGCCUCGGGCCCCAGCUCAGAGGGAGGGGGAGCGCUCCCCAGCCCCGCGCCGCUCUCCCUAGCCCCGGGGAAGAAUGUGCCACCAGCUGUUCUCCGCUCGCGUGCGCUGCGCCCAGAAGUGAAGAACUUGGAGGAAGAGGAGACAAAGGCUGCGCUGGGGACGGAGGAGUUCGAGAAUUGGGUCUGGGCAAACAAAAGGUGCGAAAGACGAGCCGGGGGUCAGGCGAUGGCCACGGGAGAGCCCCUAGGGCUCGAGUUCCUGGGAGUCGCGCCGUGACAUGCAUGGUUCCUUCCCCGGACCUUCCGCUGGGCUGACUUCUUCGAGCAGGACACCCGACUCGGCAAGUCGGGGAACGCGCCGGAACAAUGGACAACUUCUUCCCCGAGGGAACACGGGUCUGGCUGAGAGAGAAUGGCCAGCAUUUUCCAAGUACUGUCAAUUCCUGUGCAGAGGGCGUCGUCGUCUUCCAGACAGACUAUGGUCAGGUAUUCACAUACAAGCAGAGCACAAUUACACACCAGAAGGUGACUGUCAUGCACCCCAUGAACGAGGAGGGCGUGGAGGACAUGGCCACCUUGACGGAGCUGCACGGGGGCUCCAUCAUGCACAACCUACACCAGCGAUAUAAGAGAGACCAGAUUUACACCUACAUCGGCUCCAUCAUUGCCUCCCUGAACCCCUACAAGCCCAUCGCUGGCCUGUACGAGCGCGCCACCAUGGAGCGGUACAGCAAGAGCCACCUGGGGGAGCUGCCCCCGCACGUCUUCGCCGUGGCCAACGAGUGCUACCGCUGCCUGUGGAAGCGCCACGACAACCAGUGCGUCCUCAUCAGUGGUGAAAGCGGGGCAGGUAAAACCGAAAGCACAAAGUUGAUCCUCAAGUUUUUGUCGGUCAUCAGUCAACAGUCUUUGGAACUCUCUUUGAAGGAGAAGACGUCCUGUGUUGAACAAGCCAUUCUUGAAAGCAGCCCCAUCAUGGAAGCUUUCGGCAACGCGAAGACCGUGUACAACAACAACUCCAGUCGCUUUGGGAAGUUCGUUCAGCUGAACAUCUGCCAGAAGGGAAAUAUUCAGGGCGGGAGGAUUGUAGAUUAUUUAUUAGAAAAAAACCGAGUAGUAAGGCAAAAUCCUCGGGAGCGGAAUUACCACAUAUUCUAUGCACUGCUGGCAGGGCUGGAGGGCAAGCAGAGAGAAGAAUUUUAUUUAUCUGUACCAGAAAACUACCACUACUUGAAUCAGUCCGGAUGUGUAGAAGACAAGACAAUCAGUGACCAGGAAUCCUUUAGGGAAGUUAUUACGGCAAUGGACGUAAUGCAGUUUAGCAAGGAGGAGGUCCGGGAGGUUUUGAGGCUGCUUGCUGGCAUACUGCACCUUGGGAACAUAGAAUUUAUCACUGCUGGUGGGGCGCAGGUUUCCUUCAAAACGGCCUUGGGCAGGUCUGCAGAGUUACUUGGGCUGGACCCAGCGCAGCUCACAGACGCUCUGACCCAGAGAUCGAUGAUCCUCAGGGGGGAGGAGAUCCUCACGCCGCUCAACGUCUCCUCCCCUCAGGCAGUGGACAGCAGAGACUCCCUGGCCAUGGCACUUUACGCGCGCUGCUUUGAGUGGGUGAUCAAGAAGAUCAACAGCAGGAUCAAAGGCAAAGACGACUUUAAGUCCAUUGGCAUUCUUGACAUCUUCGGAUUUGAAAACUUCGAGGUUAAUCACUUCGAACAGUUCAAUAUAAACUAUGCAAAUGAGAAACUUCAGGAAUAUUUCAACAAGCACAUUUUUUCUUUAGAACAACUAGAAUAUAGCAGAGAAGGAUUAGUGUGGGAAGAUAUUGACUGGAUAGACAAUGGCGAAUGCCUGGACUUGAUCGAGAAGAAACUAGGUCUCCUGGCCCUUAUCAAUGAAGAAAGCCAUUUUCCUCAAGCCACGGACAGCACCUUAUUGGAGAAAUUACACAAUCAACAUGCGAAUAACCACUUUUAUGUGAAGCCCAGAGUCGCAGUCAACAAUUUUGGAGUGAAACACUACGCUGGAGAGGUGCAGUAUGAUGUCCGGGGCAUCUUGGAGAAGAACAGAGAUACCUUUAGAGAUGACCUUCUCAACUUGCUAAGGGAAAGCCGAUUCGACUUCAUCUAUGACCUAUUUGAACACGUUUCAAGCCGCAAUAGCCAGGAUACCUUGAAAUGUGGAAGCAAGCACCGGCGGCCCACGGUCAGCUCGCAGUUCAAGGACUCACUGCAUUCCUUGAUGGCAACCCUAAGCGCCUCUAAUCCUUUCUUUGUUCGCUGUGUCAAGCCAAACAUGCAGAAGAUGCCAGACCAGUUUGACCAGGCAGUUGUGCUAAACCAGCUGCGGUACUCUGGGAUGCUGGAGACGGUGAGGAUCCGCAAGGCUGGAUAUGCCGUCCGGAGACCCUUUCAGGAUUUUUACAAGAGGUAUAAAGUGCUGAUGCAGAACAUGGCUGUGCCCGAGGACAUCCGAGGGAAGUGCUCGGCCUUGCUGCAGCUCUAUGACUCCUCCCACAGCGAGUGGCAGCUGGGGAAGACCAAGGUCUUCCUUCGAGAAUCCUUGGAGCAGAAACUGGAGAGGCUGCGGGAGGAGGAAGUUACCCGGGCGGCCAUGGUUAUCCGGGCCCACGUCUUGGGCUACUUGGCACGAAAGCAAUACAGGAAGGUCCUUUCUUGUGUGGUGAUGAUCCAGAAGAAUUACAGAGCGAAGCAGGUCCGAGGUCAGAUGGCCCGGCGGGUGUACAGACAGCUGCUGGCGGAGAAGCGGGAGGCGGAAGCAAAGAGGAGACGGGAGGAAGAGGAGAAGAGGAGGCGGGAGCAAGAGGAAAGAGAAAGAGAGAGGGCACGAAGAGAAGCUGAGCUCCACGCCCAACAGGAGGCAGCGAAACGGAAGCGGCAGGAGCUGGAAGCCUUACAGAAGAGCCAGAGGGAAGCUGAACUCCACCGGGAGCUGGAGAAGCAGAAGGAAAACAAGCAGGUGGAAGAGAUCCUCCGCCUGGAGAAAGAAAUCGAGGACCUGCAGCGCAUGAAGGAGCAGCAGGAGCUGUCCCUGACCGAGGCCUCCCUGCAGAAGCUGCAGCAGCUGCGCGACCAGGAGCUCAAGAGGCUGGAGGACGAGGCCUGCCGCGCCGCCCAGGAGUUCCUGGAGUCACUCAACUUCGACGAGAUCGACGAGUGCGUCCGCAACAUCGAGCGCUCGCUGUCGGUGGGCAGUGAGUUUUCCGGGGAGCUGGGCGACCUCGCCGAGAGUGCGAGUGGGGAGAAGCCCACCUUCAACUUCAGCCAGCCCUACCCGGAGGAGGAGGUGGACGAAGGCUUCGAGGCCGAGGACGAUGCCUUCAAGGACUCGCCCAACCCCAGCGAGCACGGCCACUCGGACCAGCGAACAAGUGGCAUCCGGACCAGCGACGAGUCCUCGGAGGAGGACCCCUACAUGAAUGAGACGGUGGUGCCCACCAGCCCCAGUGCCGACAGCACCGUGCUCCUGGCCCCCUCGGAGCAGAGCUCCUCCAGCGGGGAGCCCACCUACUGCCUGCCCCAGAACGCGGGGGGCCUCCCCUCCCCGGAGGGCGACUACGACUACGACCAGGACGACUAUGAGGAUGGCGCCGUCACCUCCAGCAGCAGCGUGACCUUCUCCAACUCCUACAGCAGCCAGUGGUCCCCAGACUACCGAUGCUCCGUGGGGACCUACAACAGCUCCGGGGCCUACCGCUUUAGCUCCGAAGGGGCGCAGUCCUCGUUUGAAGACAGUGAAGAGGACUUUGACUCGAGGUUCGACACAGACGAUGAACUUUCCUACCGGCGGGACUCUGUGUACAGCUGUGUCACGCUGCCUUACUUCCACAGCUUUCUGUACAUGAAAGGUGGCCUAAUGAACUCCUGGAAACGCCGCUGGUGUGUCCUGAAGGACGAGACCUUCCUGUGGUUCCGCUCCAAGCAGGAGGCCCUCAAGCAAGGCUGGCUCCACAAGAAAGGCGGCGGCUCCUCCACGCUGUCCAGGAGGAACUGGAAGAGGCGCUGGUUCGUCCUGCGCCAGUCCAAGCUGAUGUACUUUGAAAACGACAGCGAGGAGAAACUCAAGGGCACCGUGGAAAUCCGGACGGCAAAAGAGAUCAUCGAUAACACUAGCAAAGAGAACGGGAUUGAUAUCAUUAUGGCCGAUAGGACCUUCCACCUGAUCGCCGAGUCCCCCGAAGAUGCCAGCCAGUGGUUCAGCGUGCUGAGUCAGGUCCACGCGUCCACGGACCAGGAGAUCCGGGAGAUGCACGAUGAGCAGGCAAACCCCCAGAAUGCUGUGGGCACGCUGGACGUGGGGCUCAUCGAUUCCGUGUGCGCCUCCGACAGCCCCGACAGGCCCAACUCAUUUGUGAUCAUCACGGCCAACCGGGUCCUGCACUGCAACGCCGACACGCCGGAGGAGAUGCACCACUGGAUCACGCUGCUGCAGCGGUCCAAGGGCGACACCCGGGUGGAGGGCCAGGAAUUCAUCGUCAGAGGGUGGCUGCACAAAGAAGUCAAGAACAGCCCGAAGAUGUCUUCACUGAAGCUGAAGAAGCGGUGGUUUGUGCUCACCCACAACUCCCUGGAUUACUACAAGAGCUCGGAGAAGAACGCCCUGAAGCUGGGCACCCUGGUCCUCAACAGCCUCUGCUCGGUCGUCCCCCCGGACGAGAAGGUUUUCAAAGAGACAGGCUACUGGAACGUCACCGUGUACGGACGCAAGCACUGCUAUCGCCUCUACACAAAGCUGCUCAACGAGGCCACCCGGUGGUCCAGCGCCAUUCAGAAUGUGACGGACACCAAGGCCCCCAUCGACACGCCCACCCAGCAGCUGAUUCAGGACAUCAAGGAGAACUGCCUGAACUCGGACGUCGUGGAGCAGAUUUACAAGCGGAACCCCAUCCUCCGGCACACCCACCACCCGCUGCACUCCCCGCUGCUGCCCCUGCCCUACGGAGACAUCAACCUCAACCUGCUCAAGGACAAAGGCUACACCACCCUGCAGGACGAAGCCAUCAAGAUCUUCAACUCCCUGCAGCAGCUGGAGUCCAUGUCCGACCCCAUUCCCAUCAUCCAGGGCAUCCUCCAGACGGGGCACGACCUGCGCCCGCUGCGCGACGAGCUGUACUGCCAGCUCAUCAAGCAGACCAACAAGGUGCCGCACCCGGGCAGCGCCGGCAACCUGUGCAGCUGGCAGAUCCUGACGUGCCUGAGCUGCGCCUUCCUGCCCAGCCGCGGCAUCCUCAAGUACCUCAAGUUCCACCUGAAAAGGAUACGGGAACAGUUUCCAGGAACCGAGAUGGAAAAAUACGCCCUCUUCGUUUACGAAUCUCUUAAGAAAACCAAGUGCAGAGAGUUUGUGCCUUCCCGCGAUGAGAUAGAAGCUCUGAUCCACAGGCAGGAGAUGACGUCCAUGGUGUACUGCCACGGCGGGGGCUCCUGCAAGAUCACCAUUAACUCCCACACCACGGCCGGGGAGGUGGUGGAGAAGCUGAUCAGAGGCCUGGCCAUGGAGGACAGCAGGAACAUGUUUGCCCUGUUUGAGUCCAAUGGACACGUCGACAAGGCCAUCGAGAGCCGGACCAUCGUAGCCGAUGUGCUAGCGAAGUUUGAAAAGCUGGCUGCCACCUCCGAGGUGGGCGACCUGCCCUGGAAAUUCUACUUCAAGCUUUACUGCUUCCUGGACACGGACAAUGUGCCGAAAGACAGCGUGGAAUUCGCGUUUAUGUUUGAACAGGCCCACGAAGCUGUCAUCCACGGCCACUACCCGGCCCCCGAAGAAAACCUCCAGGUGCUGGCGGCCCUGCGGCUGCAGUACCUGCAGGGGGACUACUCGCUGCACAGCACCGUCCCGCCCCUCGAGGAGGUGUACUCCCUGCAGAGGCUCAAGGCCCGCAUCAGCCAGGCCACCAAAAGCUGCGCCCCGUGUGAGCGGCAGCGGCGGACCAGCUUCCUGGAGGGGACGCUCAGGCGGAGCUUCCGCACGGGCACGGGCGCCGUGGUCCGGCAGAAGGCGGAGGAGGAGCAGAUGCUGGACAUGUGGAUCAAGGAGGAGGUCUCCGCUGCUCGCGCCAGCAUCAUCGACAAGUGGAAGAAGUUUCAGGGGAUGAGCCAGGAGCAGGCCAUGGCCAAGUACAUGGCCGUGAUCAAGGAGUGGCCUGGCUACGGGUCCACGCUCUUUGACGUGGAGUGCAAGGAAGGCGGCUUCCCCCAGGACCUGUGGUUGGGCGUCAGUGCAGACGCUGUCUCCGUCUACAAGCGUGGGGAGGGGAGACCCUUAGAAGUCUUCCAGUAUGAACACAUCCUCUCUUUUGGGGCCCCCCUGGCCAACACGUACAAGAUCGUGGUGGAUGAGCGGGAGCUGCUCUUUGAAACCAGCGAGGUGGUGGACGUGGCCAAGCUCAUGAAAGCCUACAUCAGCAUGAUCGUGAAGAAGCGCUACAGCACCUCACGCUCCGUCAGCAGCCAGGGCAGCUCCAGGUGAACCCAGGCGGGAGUCUGUGUGUCUUCAGUCUCUGAACAUGCCCCCCUCUGGCCUGGGCCGGUCCCUGCGUGCCAAGCCCAGGGCAGAGGUGCCAGGCCCUCUGGAAGCCUCCGGAAGGAAGGUGUCUCCGAGGGACCUUUCGCCCCAUCCACUUCAGUGAUCAUGUAUGAAGCUGUCAACCUUAACCCGAUUUCCAAAGCUUUACUACUCUUAGAUGACAUAUGCCUUAACAAAGAGCGAGGAAACAUACCCACGUCGCCGCCAAAGCAGCCAGAAGUGCCUUAACUUGUGGAGCAACACUCAUGGACCUUCACUGUGCUACUGAGGGGAAUGCUCCCCGCCUUGUUGGGGAGACUGGCAAAGCUUGGAAGUGGGGGGGCAUUUAUCCAUCAACUAUGCACUAACCUCCCCGCCUGAUUUCCCGACUUUGAGGGAAGGUGAGGGAGUGGGGAGGGGGACGGGGAGCACAAGGGGACAGUGUAUUUUAGUCGGAGUGCUGCUGGCAGCCUUCCUGGAAGACGCGUAUUAACUUUUUUUUCUUUGUUUCAUCUUUUAAGUAUAUGUGCUUGCUUGUGCAUGCAUGUGUUCAUAAACCCAUCACUUUAAUCAUUGUCUCAAGAGUAUUAAAAGCAAAGGGAAGAAGGAAGUGCAAUGGUGUAAACAGUCUGUCUGUAUAUUUUAAUAGUUCAGAGUUAUAGUCUCCAAUUGUUACUUUAUAAGGUGGUGAUAUUAACAGACCGAAUCCCGGAUUUCCCCCUGUUUUUGCUAUAUUUCGAAAGCCGCAUUUGGACUCAGUUUUGUUAUUCAUGUAGCAAAGUCUGCAUUCUGUGUCUGCUGUGUUAUAAACAGAUAUGCAGCCUGCAGAUAACUAUUUAUAAACCACUCUUAAACAGCUGGCUCUAGGGCUGUUUUUAGAACUAUA